AGUAGAGUUGAAUUAUAUAUUUUUGAUGACACUCUUCCAAAGACAAUUUCGAGAAACAGAAUGCCUUAUCCACUCCAUCUUCCUUGUUCAUCCCCACUUACUCUCCGAGUCCGACGAGGAACCUCACGUCCUUUGCUCACACUGCCCAUUACUAAUGCAUCGUUUCAUCUCUGUCGACCCCAAACAAAACCCACUUCCUUCUUCACACAUUUCAAAUCCAACUCCUUCAAUUGGCUCCUCUCAGGGGCUCUCACACUCGGUUUUUCUCUUGCAUUACCAGGAUGUGUGGAGGCUAAAGUUGGAGUAAACAAGCCAGAAUUGCUUCCUAAAGAGUUUACUACUGUGAUUGAUGUAGCUGGCUUCCUCUCUGAUGGCCAGGAGAAGAGGCUUGCCCAAGAGAUUUCAAAUAUUGAAAAAGAAACUGGAUUCAAGUUGAGAGUUUUGGCCCAGAAUUACCCUGAUACCCCAGGUUUGGCUAUCAGAGAUUUUUGGCAAGUUGAUGAUAGAACUAUUGUCUUUGUGGCUGACCCUACCUUUGGAAAUAUACUGAAUUUCAAUGUGGGCGCAUCGGUCGAUUUAGAUGUACCGCAAAGUUUUUGGAGUCGUUUGGCUGGCAAGUAUGGGAAUAUCUUCUACUGGAAAGAGAAGGGUGAGGAUGCAUCAAUUGAAGCAGCAGUUAUGGCAAUAUCUAGUUGCUUGAAAGAGCCUGUAGGCCCAAGCAACUGCUCUGAUGUCAAAUAAUACCAAAGCAGUGGAGCCGGCCUAGCAAGACUUUUCUCCCAUUUUCAGGUCUUUUGCCAAUUUUCUAACAUGUUUUUAUGAAGCUAUCAUAAAUUCUUUUGAGUCUGUAUGGAGAAAAUGGGUUAUGUUGAUCCCCACAAUUCUGAGUCAGAUAGAUACUUGAUGUAAAUACACAAACAUGUAAUGAAGUUUCUGUAUGUAACUACAAAUUGGGACAAACGAGUAUCAUGGGUUAUGAUAAUGAAUAAAAUUACAUCGAUUAUUCAAA